AUGCCGCAGGGUAGUUCCGGAGCCCCCAGUGCGCUGGACAUGAUAGUACAAACAGAACCCGGACCCUUCAUACAGUGGAUCGAAGAUUAUCCACUACCAGAAGGCGGGUUACCAAAAGGAAUGUCCAUGUACGAUGGCAAAGAAGACCCCGACAACCACCUGAAACAUUUCAACGGCAUGAUAAGAAUGCAGAGGUGGGUAGUCCCCGUCGUAUGCCACAUGUUCGCCAUGACUCUCAAGGACGCGGCAAGAGCAUGGUUGGAAAGCCUUCCAACUGGAAGCAUCGUAAGCUUUGAUGAUUUGAAAACUAAGUUCCGGUCAUACUUUGGACAGCAGAGGAAGUACAAGAAGAUGCAUUUAGAAGCCCACGAUAUUAAGAGAAGAGACAAUGAAAGCGUCAGACAAUUUAUGACAAGGUAUACUGAUGAAACGGCAUUAAUGAAAGGUCUCAACGAAAAUAAAAAAAUUUCAGGUUUUGUACACGGGCUGCGUUUUCAGCCCUUGAUAGAGUUCUUGUCUAGGGACUUGCCGGAAGAAUACACUACUCUCAUGGAUAGAACCCACAUAUGGCUAGUGGGAAAAGAGACAGCCGGAGGAGUUGGGGGACCAAUAUACGGCUCCGGGGGGAAGGACAUUGAUAGAGGACGUAGAAAUAGAAAUUUCCGCAUGGAAAGGAAUCGGUCCGCACCCUUCCAUAGAGGGCAAGCCUCUCCCCCGAACCACCAUGGGACAAUCUAUCACGCCUCACGGCCGCCGCGCGACAUCUUAUCCACCGAGAAGGCUUCGGCCAAAAGUCCAGGAAAAUUCAAAGGCCCCGACAUGACUAAAUUCUGUGAAUACCAUAACCGGCCGGGGCACGAUACGAAUGAUUGCAAGGUACUUAAAGGGAAAGUAGAAGAAGCUAUGAGAUCCGAAAGGUAUUCAUCGUUGUUGAAAGGCAUGAAAGAAACAAGCUCACGACAGAAUGGUGAACGACAAGUGGCACGAGAAAAAACAGAACCAAAGAUAGAACCGCUAGAAGAUCCGAUUAUGGCCAUCGAAACAUGUCAGAAAAAUAAGGAAGUCCUAACAGACGAACCAUGGAAAAAUGUAACGAUUAGCUUUCCCCCAAUACGGGAGACGGAAGCUUCCGACGGCCCGAUUCUAAUUAGUGCUAUCAUUGGAAAUCAUCCAGUCCGGAGAAUAUACCUAGAUACAGGUAGCGGAUGUGAAGUUAUGUACGAGCAUUGUUUUUUAAAAUUGAAGGCGGAGUUAAGAAAAACUAGACGGGACAUUAUCAGCCCGCUGGUUGGUUUCUCCAUGGAAAGGUCAUGGUCUCUAGGAGAAAUCACAUUAUGGGUAAGGAUAGGAGAAAUGCCGAAGGUUCGAACCGAGAAGCUGACAUUUAUAAUAGUGAGAGCCGCAUCGUCCUAUAAUGUCAUUUUGGGAAGAACAGCCAUGCGCAAGUUCGGAAUGGUACAAUCCCCAAGGCACGGGGUAGUCAAGUUCGCAACCCCCUACGGAGUAGGAUGUAUCAAAGCUGACCCGAAGCAGGAACAUGUGUGUGCACAAAUCAAUGUGUCAAAAGAAGAGCAAGUAAUAGAAAGAGAAAAGCUGCGGAACCAACGACCGAAAAAAUCUUCAUCAAUGAGGAACACCCGGAGCAGUAUAUACUAA